GGUCACAGAGGUGGAAGUUUCAAAAUAUAUUUCACUUAGAUCUUACUGUAUUAAAGAAGGAACACUCAUUUGACUAGAGUCUACAUUAUGGAAAAAAUGUGCUGCGUGUCUAUUCAUCUCCUUAUUGGUGUCUUUCUUGGCCUGACUAAUGCUAUUGAAAAUGAGGCAAUGACCACGAUAACCACCAUGGAACCCACCACUGCUCCAGUUUCAAUGCCUCAUGACAACACAACCAAAUUCAAAGACAUGUCAGAGUACUUAGAAGGCAACUUUACCUCUUCAAACACUGCAAACUCCACUUUUCCCUCUCAAAACACCACUGUUAAAUAUACCACUUCAGCUGAAGAUUCAGGUUCUCCCACUCCUCCUACCUCAAAAAAUCCUCAAACCAGCAAUGACACCACACCAGUUCUACCAACCAACACAACUAGCAAGACUGCAAAAACCACCAGAACCAGCAAAACUCUGGCAACCACAACUAUAGUACCAGAACCUAGCUAUGGAUCAGCUUACAUAAUUAUCUUGAUUAUUAUUGCUGUGUUCAUCACUGGGAUAAUAGUUUAUUUCUGCCUUCAAAAGAACACCAGGGAAGAUGCUCAGAUCCCACUCAGCACAGUGGAUGGAGAGGUGUUUGACUCCACAUCAGUGAAAGACAUGCAAACAUUUAGUCCUGUUGAGUCCAGCAUACCAUUAAAGGGCCCUGAACCUGUGAAGGAUGAUGAAAAGCCUAGGGGAGAGAAAGAAACUGCUGAUGUUCAAACAGGACACCGUGAGAACUCCCAGGUCAAAGAGAAUCCAAAAGCAGAGGAGCUCACUGUGGUAGAUCUGACUGAUAGAGAGCUGGCCAUAUCUACCAAGACAUCAAUGGAAUCCCUAGAUGAGCCUCUCAAUGAAAACAAUAGCAACAAUUCAAGAUUUGAAGUCAAUGACUAUGGCCAUGAAUUCACUGAAAUCUGUCUUGAUGGCCUACUCUAGAAGAAAUCAGCACCUUCUCAGCAUUUCACAACAAUCUCUGAACCUGAUAAAUGGAUUUUUGAACCUGCAAGUAUGUAAAUUAAUGUCUGUUGCAACAAGGAAAAAAUAACUCAUCAUCAUCAUCAUCAUCAUAAAAAUCAUCAAAAAUCAUUCAUUUGUAAGCUGAGUCAUUGUUUUAAUUGACACAAUUUAUGUUAGUUGCAUAUAUAACUUCUCUGUUCUAUUUCAAUAUUGUAAUAAUUUCAAAUUAGUGGUCGACCGAUAUGGGUUUUUUAUGGCCAGUGCCGAUAUCCAGAAAGCAGGGUAGCCGAUAGGCCAAUACAAUGCCGAUAUAUCACACAAUUUCAAAUAGUAAAUAACAUAAACGUAAAUUGAUAAAAAAAAAAGAAAUUAAAAAAAUUACAAACUCUUAUUUAGCACUAUAUUUAAUCAAUUUCACAAAAAAACUUUAACUUUGUAAAAAAGAAUCUAAUAAAAUAAUAUUGUAUUUUAAAUAGUAAAUAGCAGUUUAUAUUAAUAGCAGUUUCUUCUGAUUUCUGUUUAGUCAUCAAAUUUUAGUAAUUUAUUUGCACAUGAAGAAAUUGUUCAUAUAUUAGGAAGAAGGAAAUAACAGUACACACAGCAGUCCAGCAACCAUGGAUGACAUGUCCACGUUAGCAAUCACAUUUUCUCAGAAUACAGAACCAAACCAAUUGCACAUACAGUGCACAGUGAAUAAGACAUUUACUUAUAGCACACGGGAAGUGCUUUUACUUUGAAGUUGCACUCAUGUGCUCAUGCAGAUCCAGCAUGAGCAGCAAUCUCCUGACAGUUUAAACGCCCCGGAUCGCCUGCUUGGAUUGUCACGGACUGACCGUCAUAAUUUUUGAAUCAGAGGAACUUUUGAUCCUGAUCCUGAAGUUUUUAUUCUGCAGACGGUAUAUAAUAGAAGUUUUAUUGAUAUUUGCCUUUUAUCAUCAUAAAAUAAAGUUAAAAGUGACAGGGAACCGCUGAGCAGAGGCUGAUAGAAUACAUGCUUUAGAGGUAGAUAAAUAAGCUCUCCACAGGAUGCUGGAUCUGCUCAAGUUUUGUGAGGUUUGUUUAUUACAUCCAUUUAAACAAGAUAUGCACAUAUUUGCAGACGGUAUAUGAUAUUAGUUUUAUUGAUAUUUGCCUUUUUACCAUUAGACAUUUCAGUUAAAAGUUACAGGGAACUGUUGAGGAGGGAGAGGGAGAAUGAAACAGGUGAGCACUUUAACAUUAUGAGCUCAAACACAUCUGCCGCGGCUCUGAUAUACGGACCAUUUAAAUGAGACUGUGUUGCACACGGUCUAUUAUUGUGGUAACACGAUGGCACGUAACAACAAAACGAACCAUGACUGGUCAUUUACAUGUCUUAAUCGCUUCACAUGCAAGCAGGUGAUUCUCGGCGCCCUAAAGAUAAUUAAUUAAAAAAGUCCAAAUAUCGGCCGAUUCAUCGGGCUUGGUGAUAUAUCGGUCGACCACUAUUUCAAAUCUAAUUCAUGCAGCUUUAAAAAGUAAUUUUAAAUAUACAUUUCUCAUUCCAUUUAUUGUGACAUUUUCAUUAUGUUUCACUCAAUUUAAUUUCAUGCCCUGUUGUUGUACAUUGAAUACAUUAAUUUAAAAAUAGAUGUGCAUUUUCAGGUUAUGCAAAGAAUAUCUCAUAGUUUUGCACAUCCGCCCACAGUGCUUACAUUUAGCGAAGAGUUUAGAGUUCCUUUGUUGUUGCUGUUAAAUAUGCCAGAACUAUAACGUUUUGGUAGGCUAUAUAAUGGGAUGUACAGCAGGCUAAUACAACUUUCAUCACUAUGCUUAUUGUGAAUUUAAAGUUUAAUCUGUUUUCUGGCUCUGUAUGUUAUAAUGAAUGCUCUGUUUUAAAUGGCCAUUGCUCAUAAAUUGUGCUUUCUUAAGCUUGUGUAUACACAGUCUUAAGGAAAAUAUUGUUGGCAGCAAAGUCUGUUUAUAAUUACUAGAUUCUCCCUUCCAAUGUCAUUAUGUCAGGUAAUACUCAACAAAAUGAUCAUGUGGUUAUAAAUGGACUGUAUCAUUAUUUUUAGUUCACAGAUACAGUAUUUCUUUCAAACAAUCUUGCUUUUAAUUAAACAAUACUUUAUGUUUAAGCCAUAUUUUUGUAUCUAAUUGUAGUUUUGUAUUGUAAUGUCAUGCUCUGGUGCUCAUUUUAUUUAGCCUAUUGCUGCAGAUACAGUUCAACAUUAACUAUCACUGUUACUUAACUGUGCUGUUGGAUCAAACUCUGUAUAAUACUGAUUUGAGCAAGAAGAGCAUGUUCAGCCUGUAAUAAAACAAGUUUACCAAUA